AUGAAGUCUGGUUCGGGGCGCGUGGAGACCGUGGAAACCUCUCUUCGGCUGAGACUGGAGGUUCGGAGUGCAGAGGAGUUUCAUCUCCAUGAGGUUUUGGACCUUCAGCGGAAGAUGGAUGACACGGGAACACCCGAAGAUCAGGUGGCGACCCUCCGACGUGCAAGGGAUUCCUUGCUUAAAGAGAGCUACGAUCUGUACAGGGGUCAGCAGAAGCGAAACCAUGUGGAGCAGGCGAACAUCCUCUUGACUGGUCUCACCGGGGCAGGCAAGUCGUCUGCAUGUCGCUUCUUGACGAUGAAUGAGUCGUGCAAGUACUCCAAUAGCUGGAGUUCUCACACGAAGAAUGUCUCUGAGAUGACCGGCAACGCCUUCGGAGAUGAGUUGCAACCUCGCCUGCGUGUCUUCGACAUUCCUGGCUUUGGCGACACGGAGGGCGAGGCCGUGGACGAGAGACAGUUCAGCGAGACAAUGAGUCAUUUGGCCGAUGCUAAAGGGCUGGAUGCCAUCCUCUGGGUGGUAAACGGCGCCAUCCGCCGUAAGCUGAGCCUACGCCAGGACAUGCUGCGGCAGUACAGGAAAGCAUUCGGCUCGAGAUUUUUCGAGAAGCUCUACAUCAUCGUAAACUUCGUUCCGCGGAUGCGGUACUCAACCCAAGAGGAGCUAAUGAGCGAAUGGAUCAAAAAGCUCAGGGCGUUUCUGCUUGCAGAAGAGAAGGAGUUCAUGCAGGAUGCAUGGGAGAUGGUGGCAGACCGAGCACAGGGACUUAUCUGCAAGAACCUCAAAGUCAGCAUCGUGGACAUGAACCCUGUGUAUCUGGAGGAGGAGAAACUUCCUGUCCCGCUGUCUGCGCCGAUGGUCCACCGCCUGCCGCCGUAUUCCUUGCCGAUUAACUUGGUGGAGUUGCUGCACACAGUUGCAGAUAUCGGACAAUCCUCUGGCAAAAGGCUUGCUGUGAAUGCUGCGUGCCCGCUCCGCGGCUAUGGGGAAAUCGACACGAGCCUCACGAGACACGACGCCCAAGCAACUCGGGAUGGCCCCUUGUUGACGGUGAAGCUGGAGGGCCAGUUUCUCGGCUCGGGCGACAGUCUGCUGGCCCAGUCCUCCCAGUGGGGCUGCGGCCGCACGCCAGCUGAGACUGUGGUCUUUCUCGACCGCCUUGCUAACGAGACCGCGACUUGCUGGGCGCUGCUUCCUGUCAGGGUCGCCGAGUGGCCGGGGGUCAGGCUGGCGAGGCACCGGCGGAGCUGGACAGCCGGCAGGAUCUGUCGCGACACUGCCAAGAAGCAGCAAGUCUGGAGCUGUUGCCGCACCUUUGGAUCGAAGAGUACGAGUUCGUUCAGACCUUGCAUGGUGCCCAAGGAAGCAUCAAGGCACUUGUCUGGGAUAGAUACCUGA